AUGAGCGCCCCUUUGAGCUCCGAAGAGCGUCAACAGUAUACGGCCAUCAUUGACGGCAUCCUCGCCACUGCCGACCUCCAAACUAUCACGCGCAAGAACAUUCGGCAAGGUCUCGAAACUUCGCUCGGCGGCAAGGAUCUCAGCGAGCAAAAGAACGCGAUCAAAAAGUUGAUAGAAGCACGUUUUGACGCUGUUUCGGGCGCUAAUGCUGACGACGCACCGGCCUCGCCGAUCCCCGCGCCGACGCCGAGUAAGCGCUCUGCUACGAACGGGAACCACGAUCGCUACGAUUCCGAUGUAUCGGCCGGCUCUGAGCCUGCGAAGAAGAAAGCCAAGCGCUCGUCGUCUGUGGAGGAUGCCGACGCAAGGCUAGCCGCCCAGCUGCAGGCACAAGAAAACCGCCUGGCCCGAGGCCGCACCACACGCGGCGGUGACAAGCCUCGCGGCACCAAGAAGCGAGCUCCCAAGGCGAAGAGUUCCAAGCGCGCCCGUGAUGAUGAUAGCGACGUGGAUGGCAGCGACGCGGCUCCCCCGAAGCGCAAGGCUGGUGGUGGAUUUCAAAAACCUUUUAAUCUGAGCGAGAGCCUUUCCGUCUUGUGCGGAGAAACACAGCUCUCACGCCCCCAAGUUGUCAAGAAACUCUGGGAGCACAUCAAGGCAAACGACCUACAGGACCCGAGCGACAAGCGCCAGAUCCUCUGCGAUGAACGAAUGUAUGCUGUUUUCAAACAGGGUAAGGUGGACAUGUUCAAGAUGAACAAGGAGAUCGGAAACCAUCUAUAUCCGGUCGGGGAGGAAUAG